CAGCUUAAAUUUACCAUGCUUUGAUACUCAAGCUCCUUGAGCUUAGGGUGAAUCCAGCUUAAAUUUACCAUGCUUUGACUCCCAAAUAAAAUUAACUCUCCAUUCUUUAAAAAUAAACAUGAAGACAUGCUUUAAAAACUUGCAUUUAAUAAAAGAAUGAAAGGAAUAAUAAAAAGUCCAAAAUAAAAACCCAACAAAUCAUAAUCUGAUAGUAUGAAAUGCAAGUUCGGAUCAGGUAUACAAACAAACAACAAUCAAGCCUUAUAUCGCACUAAGUGAAGUCAGUAACAUGGAUUAACAACAUUAGUAAACCUCGUUAACAUUAGCAAAUAUUGUUUUGACAGACAGUAUCAAAAUAUUGUGCAUGAAUUUCAGUCAAUAAUCGUCUUAUUGUUCCAAAAGAUGGUCACUUUAAAAAAUAUAUAUAUCGCAUUUUUCUUCGCAUUUUGUAGUAUUUGAUAAGUCUACUUCUGGAAGGCUGUAAGAGUAGAUGACAUAUGAGCUUACUCAUUUUUAUCCAUUCAGAGUAGAUUACAUAUGAGCUUACGCAAUUUAACCCUGUAUAUAAAAAAAGAGCCUUCAGAGUCUUUUGUCCAAAGAGUGAAUUGCAUGAUCUAUAUAUAUAUAUUUAACCAUCUUUAUCACAUCCAUUGCAUAAUAUUCAUUCACAACAUAAAUCGCUAUGGCUACUUCACUUCCCCAAUCAUCACCGCUUCAGGACAGAGUCGCAAUCGUCACCGGCUCCUCCCGCGGCAUCGGCAAGGACAUCGCGCUUCACCUAGCUUCACUCGGCGCCAAACUCGUCAUCAACUACUCCUCCAACUCAGACCAUGCUGACUCAGUCACUGCUCAGAUCAACGCAAACCACGCCACUCCACGAGCCAUAACCGUCCGCGCCGACGUGUCAGAUCCGGAGGCCGUCAAGUCUCUCUUCGACUCCGCUGAAGAAGCAUUCAACUCGCCUGUUCACAUACUCGUCGUUUCAGCCGGCAUCGCCGACGGAAAGUUACCAAGCAUAGCAAACACAGCGGUUGAAUCCUUCGAUCGCAUCAUGAGCGUGAACGCAAGAGGAUCGUUUCUCUGCGCGAGAGAAGCGGCAAACAGGCUAAAGCGCGGCGGCGGAGGGAGAAUCAUACUUCUGACGAGUUCAUUAGCAGCGGCUUUUAAGCCAGGAUACGGUGCGUACACGGCGUCAAAGGCGGCGGUGGAAGCCAUGACAAAGAUUCUAGCGAAGGAGCUGAAGGGGACGGGGAUUACCGCGAAUUGCGUGGCGCCGGGACCUGUUGCGACGGAGAUGUUCUUGGAAGGGAAGACGGAGGAGACGGUGAAGAUAAUUGCGGAAGGUAAUCCGUUUGGUAGAAUUGGUGAGACCAAAGAUAUUUCACCUGUUGUUGGAUUUUUAGCAACAGAUUCUGCUGAAUGGAUCAACGGUCAAAUUAUUCGUGUCAACGGUGGCUAUGUUUAGUUCUUCCACGAGUUUGGGUGCCUUGUUAUAUAAAUAAAUAGGUGAAGACGAUUUCAAAAUUCUUGGUUUGGCAUAUUUUCUUCUUGUUCACUGUACAUCAAUAUUAUGAAAGUUUGUAAAAAUUUGUUGAAUAAAGAUGUACUUUUCUUGU